UCGGUCUAGCGUGACAUGUCUUCGUGUUGCUGCGUUUCAAGCGCCGGCAUUGUGAGGGUUUUAUUGCAUAGCGCCGGUGAAAAUUGUGUAUCUGGACAUGUCAAAUUUGUGCUGUCUUCCUUGUGAUGGCCGGAGGGCUAUCCGACGCAUCUGGUGGACAUCAAGACCACUUUGGAGAGUCUACUUCUCUGAUAUCCAAGCGACGUCUUCGAAUUCUCUCAAAUCCAAGGCUAGAGUUUGGCGUCAAAUCUCAAAAUAGAUAUAAUACUAAUUCAUCAUGGUAUCACAGUCGCCUGAGCCAGGAUAGGUCUAGACAGAACCAUCCAUUCACUGUAUCUGGCGAUGAAGCAUGCAGUACGAAAAACCAAAAGCCAGAGACGGGAAGUAAGAAUCCAAACAAUGUAACAAUCUUUACAAACAGUAUUAACUCCAGGGACACAGAUUCCUAUGACUCGUAUCGUCAAUACGGAGCACAACAUCUUCGAAUGAAUGCGUAUUGUCCAUAUCGUGGCGUUCAUUGCAUCGUGCGACUUCCCCGACGCAGGGGGCCGAAAAAGGUGAGACGAAACGCGAAGCAUGGUGGAUCGUUAGAUCACAAGCACAGCACCACGUCCUCCCUCGAUGGAUAUUUCGGGCACGUAACGAGAUAACAAAAAGCCAUUGGGUAUCGUGAGUGUGAACUUGGAGUAGAAAGUUGUCGUUGGGAAGCGUCGGCUUACGUUAUUUGAACGUGAUCUCAGCUGACCUCCGAAGUUCACCCAUGUCGAUCUAUUGGUCUAGCCAUUUCAGGGUACAAUACAAGACUUUGAAGAACUCCAUCCUGUUUCAGGAACCACUGGCAAAGUUACAUUACUUCGAUACUGGUGGAGGACUCAUGCGUACCAGUACCGCACUGAAAAGUCUCUAUGAGUCACAUACU